AUGACGUUCGUCGGUCAGAGGGUUUCUUUGGGCAUUGAUGAGCGCUGGAGGAGUUCCUGCAAUGUCUGUGUGCUCAUGGCUCCAGUGACAUCAGGAGCCAGCGGGUUAUUUGGCGAGCUGGAUGACGGACUCAUUCGUCUCAUGUCAGAGGCUGUGGUUCGGGACGGGGCGGGUGGGGGUCUGCGGGUCGGGACGGGGCGGGGCGGGGUGGGGUGGGGGGGUUUCUGCGGUGGGACAGGCCCCUCACAGCUCGUCAACCUGAGCCAGUGUUUAUGGAGGCGCAAACGUGGAGCUCUGCAGGAGGAGCGGGGGUCUGGGGCCGGGAUAUCCCACAGCUGA